UUUCUGUCUAUUGCAACUCGUUUUUCACCUCUGUUGGGAAUUCCGGCUAACCAGAACAAUUCCCGCCAGAACUCGUUCGACGAGCUUAUCAUGAAGGAGGAAGCCCUGAAGCAGCGCGACGAAAUGGUGUCGUGCCUGUUAGAUGAACUGGUCAAGGUUCGCCAGAGUCUGGCCGAAAGCGAAGAUGUGAUACGAAACCUGAAAACCAAAAUUCAGGAAUUGGAAGAGGACAAAAAACACCUCCGAGAAACGAGUAUAGACAACUCGGUGGCCCAUCUGCAGGACGAGUUGAUAGCCAGCAAACUCCGGGAAGCCGAAGCCAGCUUAUCACUUAAGGAUCUUAAACAGCGGGUCCAGGAACUGAGCACCCAGUGGCAACGACAGCUCUCAGAACAGCGCAACGAAGCAGCACAAACGAGUGAAUCAGGUGCAAAAAAACUUCUGUUCUGGGAAUCCUCCCGAACGGCGGACAUCCAGAAGCUAGAAGAAGAACUCAUGACCACCCGCAUCCGCGAAAUGGAAACGCUAACCGAGCUGAAGGAACUGCGCCUGAAGGUGAUGGAACUGGAGACGCAGGUUCAGGUUUCAACGAAUCAGCUGCGCCGCCAGGAUGAGGAGUGCAAGAAGGUCAAGGAAGAACUGGAGGAAGCGAUCUCUCGGGAACGGGAGCUCUCGAAUAAGGCCCGGGAGCAACAGCAUCGAUACUCGGAUCUGGAGUCACGCAUGAAGGACGAGCUGAUGAACGUGAAGAUCAAGUUCACCGAGCAGAGCCAAACGGUGGCAGAGCUGAAGCAAGAAAUAUCGCGGCUAGAAACAAAGAACUCGGAAAUGCUAGCCGAGGGUGAACUGCGCUCAAACCUAGACGAAUCUGACCGGGUACGCGAUCUGCAAGAUAAAGUGGCGGAACUGAAAGCCGAGCUAACGGCGCUCAAAUGUCGCGGCACGGCACUGAAUCUGCGCAUGAUCAAGAGCACCUCAAUUCAGUCGAUUGAUUCGACGAACGAGAUCGACUUCAGCGAAAUGCAGCUGUCUCGGAAGGACAUCAUUUCUGGACUCGGUGCCACCAAUAAUUCCAUUGCUGCAGCCACCUCCAAUACCACUUCCUCCUCCGGGAUGGCGACGUUGCCAUCCUCGCCGUCGUGAGAUUUAGCGUUUAAGGUAGGUUCUUCAUCAUCGUCACCUCCAACAUCAUUAGCAUCCGCAGCAGCAGUAGCAGUGUUGUAGUAGUUGUUUUUACAAUAGAAGUUAUCAUCUAGGUAACUGCCAUGUUUUUUUAAUGGUGGCAAAUCAAGCAUACACAGCGCGUUUUGGCAAACAGUGAAACAGUAUAAGGAAAAAUCAUUUAAGCAAAUUCAUCUGAAGGUAUUCCUCUUAGGCACAUCAGCAUGGAUAGGCAAUCAAAAGUAUACAUUGAGAGGCGACACAUAUCGCUAGCACGUGUGUGAAAUAUUGUUACCUUCAAGUAAGGAGGUUCAAAUCGAAAUGUUCGUCGUUUCUGCAUAACUUUAGAAUUAAGCAUAACAGGUAUGAGUUUAGGAUCACACAAACAGAAUUCCAUAGACUUGUCUUCAUCUACUCACAUACAGUUUUCUCGGAUUCACUGGGAAAAAAACAGAUCCUGUAGGUUGUGUUCAUGAAUUCCUGAGCACAUAUCUAUACAUUUCUGUACAGAAGGUACGACUGAAUAACCUUUAUUCUCUAUUCUGUUAUCUAAUAUGUUUAUUUUACUACCUACUAGUGGCGUCGCACCCAUUUUGUUCAUUUUGUACUGUGAAUGUAUUUUAAGAAAAAUUCUGUUAUUGGUGUAUUUUCUAAAUUCGUUUUCCAAAGUUUAUCAUCAAAAGUGUACUACCUACUAAGAAUGUUAUUGCCGUCUCAAAUUAUUUUACCCACAAUACUAUAGCAAUAAAAAACAACUAGUAAGUCAAGUUGCUUGGCAUACAGAAAACAGGCAAUUAAAUAUGAUUUAAAAAAUAUUUACGUUAGGUUAGUAGAAAACAAAUUAUAUUUUUAUUGUUCGAUCUAUUUUCUAUGCUUUCUUUUCUGUAUAUCUAUUUUUUUUUUCAACCUUUUAUUGUAAAUGAACUGUUUUCGUUAUUCUUUCCACUUCCGUCUUAUUUUGAACGUCGAAACGAAAAUGAAAAGAACGACCUUAAUCUAUACAGAAAAGAAUGAGAGUCAAACUGUCAUAUAUUUUUUGUUGCGCCACAUAGCGAAAGAGUAUCUAUAUAUUUAUCAUCCAACUAAGAUUUGUUAUUAUUAUUAAUCAUUAUCGGAUAUAUCGGUUGAAUUCUUUAAUUUUCAAAAAACAAAAUCAUUCGUUUCCAAACAUAAAAAUGAAUACCAUUCUAUUUCCGAGUUAAAUUCAAUCUACCAAAUUCAGAUGCAGAAUUGUAAUUCAGGUUCAAUAUUUAUAUUUUAAAUAAAAAUUAGAAUUUGUUUGUUUCUACAAUUGAAAAUUUUAUCAAUUUAAUUUAAUUUUAUGUAUUGGUAAUUUUCUCAAUUUGGUUUAUAAAUUUAUUCAUCCUUUUUGAAAAUUUGUUGAAAUUUUUCCUGACAAGUACUAGGAAAUUUUGAAGAAAAUUCUUACACUUAUCAUCAAUUCGAUAUCUAAAACUAAGAUAUAUUAGCCAAUUUGAAAAGAAAUACAAUUUCCAUUACUAGUGGUUUGCAAUAUCCUGUAGUAAGAAUGUUCGCUGCUUUUGAUAAAACAAUUCGGUAUCGAUUUUUGAAUACGGCGAAUGCGCCAAGACCUUUGUUUUGAGAAAAACGCAUUCCAAGUUUCAAAAAAUUAAAUCAAUUUUCUAUUUAGCUGCGUACAAUCAUUUUCCUAAAUAAGUCGCUAAAAUGCUUUCAAAUUGAUUUAAUUUCAUCACCCAAUCGAUAAAUAUAGCUUUUCAGUACUAAUUACUUUAAAAAAAUAAUAAAUAUAACUGUGGGCCUUUUUACCACAGACUGGUGCUCUCAUUUUGUUCAUUCGCCAAAUUGGAGCGCCCUUUUGAAUUCCAGAAUGACUGUUCGCCUUUUGGAUCACUCAUUAAAGAAGCAAUAUUCAAGCAAACUUCGGCUUGAAAGCGGGUCCAAAUGAUCACAUUAAAACAUUAGCACAUUUAAUUUUUUAUUUAUUUAUUUUUCUUAAAACCAGGUAGGGAAUCAUGGCCCAACUGAUAUUAUUCGAGUGAGACUUCACCUGCGUUUACAAGCUCUGCAAUUUUGUCCCAGUUAAGAACUCCUGCAUCUUUAGCCUUGUCCAACCAUCCUCCUGCAUCUUUAGCCUUGUCCAACCAUCCUCCUGCAUCUUUAGCCUUGUCCAACCAUCCUCCUGUGAAAUCGAUUCCCUUAACACACUCGGGGGGAAGCACCUUCUGUGCCAGUCUGAUGUAUCUUUCAUCCGUCUUGACACCCUUAAUCUGAUUCAAUGAUUCAGCAUUAUUUGUCGCCUUUUUCCAUGACAUCGCUGCUAUAGCUGCAGUUCUAAAUGGUGCAAUAGUUGUUUUUGUGCUGUCAGGACAUAUCAGUUUAUAAUAGAUCCACAUAUCAUCAUAGACCCUUAUCAACUCCUGCGCUACCUCCCACCACUUACACAAUGCAGCCACGACCUGGUGAUCAAUAUGCAACAUAGUAGGAUUGGGGGCCGUCACGAACUCAUGGAUGAAUGUAAACUGAGUCAUGGAAGAAGUCCGGAAUAUCUCCGACAUAUGUUUGGCGAUCGCAUGAGGAGAUUUUAGGAGUGUUCUAAAGAUGCAAGAGCGUAAUUUCGGAUAAUGAGACGACACUUUCUGGAGCAUUAAUAGAUCCUCAUAGGCAAAUAUAUCCUUUAUGUCAUUAAUUUGGACUGCUGGGGAGUUCAUAACAAAUGAUAUUGCCUGGAAUCGCUUUGACAGCAAGGACUCAAGGAUUACAUGAGAGUCGUCUGCGAUAUUUUCGGUGCAUAGGAGCAUGAGAGCGUAAGCAAAUUGCAUCACUUGUUGAGCAGUCCUCUUGGGAGUGUCCCCCAUCUCAUCCUCGGAAAAGACAAAUUGCUUGUCAGCCGCUGUUUCGCUGCGCGUCUUGAGAACUAUACCAUCGUCCGGAUUACAACAGUACAGACGGUGUACAGUAUGCAAUCCAGGGAUCCAGAUCACAUACGCAAGAAGUUGGUUGAUGUUGAGGAUGCCUCCGUCAACGAGGGUAGUCUUGCCAUGUGCUACCUUGGUCAAGUCGUACGAGCACAUCAUACUUAGAGACUCUAUAUAACCAGGGUGAUCUAACCGGCCUGUCGUACACUCCAAAGCCAACCGACGCCACCUCGGGACAGAGACGGUCUGUGAUAUCUGCCCGGAAAGGACAGAUUUAAUCCCAUCGAGCCAAAUCUGAUCACCGUAAUACUUGAAUGGUCCCUUUUCGGUGGAGCCCCAGUCUGGAAGUCUUGCAAGAGUAGAAGCUACCUUCCUGCCUCCGUUUGCCAUCUUCACAGUGACGCCAGCAUACUUGAGCUUGAGAGCAUGAUAAUCGUCAUCGAUAUCAAUUACGUUGAAGUUUGCUAUCAGUUCUUCGAUUGCUGAUGAGCCCACGAUCAAAAUAUCUGUAAAAGCCAUGAUUCUAUAGAUUUCUAACUGUUCAACGACCUUAUAAAUCCUAAUUUGUUCAUCUCCUCGUCCUGGAAAACAAAUUUCAAAAAUUUCAAUGCCCUUUUUCUAUCUCGAAAUAACUAUUGGCCUUUUUGUUCGCGACCGCGACGAAUGAACUGUGGGAUUACACACUCAUAAGAAAAGCUAUUCUCCUUAUUUAAAAAAUUAAAUUUAACUUCACUAAAAUAAGAAAAAUUAAAAGAUCAUAUUUUCGGAUGUAAAAUAAAAGUUUAUCGCAUUUAUGUGAUUAUCUGGAUUUGUUUACAGUUGGCGCAUUUGCCGUAUUCAAAAAUCGAUACCGAAUUGAUAUCGAAUUAACGUUAUCAGGAUUAUCGUUUCUUUUCUUAAUUAAUUUUCCAAAUAUCAAUUACUUACACACAAUUUGGAAUAACGCAGUUUGUUUAAGCCAUUCCACCACGUUGAAAAAUUUGCAGAAAAAAGUUUGCCAAUCAUGCCUGUGUGUUUUUGCGUGAGUGUGAGUUUGCGAGGAAAAGGAAUAAGCAAGGUGUGUAUAUAUUCAGGAGGUGUUACCGAAUAUCUAAUUCCCGAUUCAGUCAUUUUGGCUAUGUAGGCUAUGCAACUAUGCGGAACUCAUGAAGUUUGUUUACCAACAAACCACUGAAAAGCUGAGCAAAAAAUAAACAAACUCAUUGAGAGCCCCGCUCACUCCUCGCCUACUUACUGUGAAAGUCGGAGAACCUAGUGUAUCAAAAGACCUUGGGAAUAAGUAAAACUGCACGCUCUUUUAUUUUAACUCAAAAUUAAGUACGACCGAGGUUCAAAACUUAGUUCGAUUCUAUGAACUUAAAGUUAAGUACCCUUUUUCUCCUUGCGAUGGUUUAAAACGGAGUUCGAACUGCGAACUCAAAAUUGAUCCAUUUUUUUCCUUCGGUGAGGGAGCAAAGCUGAGUUCAACCAUAUGAACUAAAAAUUGAACUCUCUUUGUUGGACUGAAAACACUUAGCGAGUUCAGUUCGAACCGGACGGAACAUCAACCAACGAACACGUCGCAAAAUUUUGUCGUUCUGGAACAAUUACCGGAAGACUAUGAAGGAAUGCAUGUUCACCGUGUCAGCGUAAAAUUCUGUCCGUCAUUGUCAUCAUACGGUGAGCGGCUUGGAAUGUCCGGAAACUUCCGGAUGUUGUUUACUUCCCGUAGGAAGUAACAUCCGGAAGUUUUCUUUGACCGGGAGUGUCAAAACUUUCCACCGUUCUGUAAUUGCAAUGCAAUGUACCGGAACAGCAACAUCCGGGAAAACAAAUUUUAAUCAUCCUUUAAUUCUCUGAAAAUAAGCUACCCUCGAAAAAAAAGAUAAAUUCGAGUUCGGCUGCCGAGCUUAGUAUUGAGUAUGCCUAUCAGAACUUAGUUUUGCGAUUGCCCAGUCGAACUCAAAGUUGAGUGAAGCCACUGAAGUGCUGUUUUGAACCAAAACUACUUAAUUUUGAGUUUAAAAAAAAAGAGCGUGUGGAUUGCCCCAAAUAACGCAACAAUGUGGCAAAGCUUGAAUUUAUAGAAGUUCAACAGUGAUAUUCUUAUAUAUCUAACCAUUUAUUCGACCGAUACAUAAAGGGAGGAAAUCCCAUAAACGAACAUUUUUUCCAUACAUUAUUAAUUGAUUCCUGUAUAGACUUAGAUGAAACAAUAAACAAUAUUUAUUAAAAUAUGGAAGCGAUGAAAGUGACACUAGUGACAGAAACGAAACGUGAGGUGCCAAAACCAUUUUUCAAAUUGGUUUGCAUGAAAAGUCGCUUUUUUCUUAUAAAAAAUGCUUAUCCAACUAAAAUGUUACAUCAUCAACACUCGACUUUACCUGUAAAAAGUAUGUGUGUUUCUACUGUGAAAAGAAAAUAAAACAAACGACAAACAGCACAAAUAGCAGUAAUUUGAGCGAGUUUAAUGACGACUUAACAUUCGAACAUUUGAAACCGUGUGCAGUUUGAUUUUGUUUACGAGAAAUGCAAUUUUUAGUGAUAGAACAAUGUACUAGAACACGAAAUCUAAAAGUAUUGCUAUUGUUUCGCUCUGUUCGUAUUUAAAGCAUUCAUCUUAUAUUUACACUAUCUGAAAAGGCUCGUUCAGUUGUAUACAAGACUUUUUCGGUUUUACACUAUCGUUAGGUGAAAAUAAAAACAAUAAUAAUAAUAAAAAAAAAACCAACAGAAAGCUUCGAUGAGUUUUGGAAAAAUCCAUCUUGGGAAUACUCAAUCUUUGGGAUGAUGUAAUAUUGAGGAUAAAAGACAGCCGCUUAAUCCAUAGUUGUAUUGCGCGUAGCAGAAAUUAAUUAUUGUUACUCUUCAAGUGAUUAUUCGUACAAGUUACAGAUUAUGAAAAAGUAGCAAACAAAACCACAUAACCACUCACAAACUAAAUUAUCCAUAGAAUCAAUUGUGUAGCUGUAGUUGUACUUAAUCAGAAAAAAAUCUCAUCAUACCCGAACGACCACUACUGACAUCACGACGGUCAUAAGCCGGACAAAGAAAUAUCAUAAACUUUCGCAAAAUGUGUUCUCAUUUUUCAUGGUCAUGUUUCAAUCGAAAAUUUAUCAAUAGAAUUAAAACAAAAAAAAACAACAAAAUAAAGCUCUGAAAAGCACGAAAACAAAAAUUCAAUUUACAAUUAAAAACGAAAGAGUAAACACAGGGUAAACAAAUUUUGUAAGUCUCAAGUAUGAACAAAAAUAAUAAAUAAAUAAAAAUCUGGCACCGGAGAAAAGUAACAGCUGAUCUGUAAAACCUAAACAUACAUCAAUAAACAUACAUUUUUAUCGGGAUCAUUUACAUCCGAAAAAAAAUACGAACGAUUUUAAUAUCAAGCCCCAAAGUUCGACCGUUUACUCUGAAUGACGACUAUGCAGGAAUAAAAAAAAACUAACAAAUGGAAAAAAAAUGAGCGUGGUAUAACUGUGGUUGAACAUUCGAAAAUCAAACGAAAAACUAAGUAACAAUGUUAAAAUUCGAAACGACAUUAACACCCAUCUCCCAAGUAAAAACCUAUAGGAAAA